CAGUAAACUUACGCUAGAACAAGGACAGUUUAAUAUUGAUGAUGGAAUCAAGUCAUUAUUUUCUACUCUAUUCUUGCUAACAAAGAAGUCUAUUCAGCUUGAAAUACCGUGAUCAUGAAUAGGAGUUUGUAAUAUGCAAGUACCGGUUUUCAAUUAACAUACGCUCUUUGAGCUGACGUCAGCCAAUAAGAUCCCUGCUCUUCAGUAAACGGAAGUAAACAGUGACCAAGAACAAGUUCCCCGUUAACGUUUUUAUUGUUAUUUAGAUGUUUCUUAAACACUGGUAUUCAAAAUGAUUCAUUUAACUGCACAGUAGCUUACUUAGUGUUUCAUUCGCUUUAGAGACGACUCGAUAGGUGUUCUGGUAACGCUAGUUAGCUGCUAACAAUGGCUAACUGUUUGGUUUUUCACACUCAAAUAGCCUCCAUCAUGGAGGUGUUAGCGAAUACAGCCGUGGCAGAGAUCUGUAAACUCGUAGACGACGACUAUGCAGUGUUUCGUUUGGAAAUAACUCAAAGCCGGGAAGAGAACAGGACAUUGCGCAGGAAACUACAGCUACUAGAACUGAAGGUGUCACGGGAGCGCGUCUUUGCCAGUCGUCCCAGUAGUGUCAAGAUCGUCGACCGAUGCAGAGGAAUGGAAAGAGGUGAAGGACAUCUCACUGGAGGCCACGGGAGCUUUGUGAAGCCAGUGGGACAGAAUGCUUGGAGAGAUGACCAAACAGUCACUGUUGGUGAGGGGAGUGGAACCUCAACCCAGCACGUUAUCAUGAUAGAGUCUGCAGAGACUGCAGGUCCUGGAGGAUCAUCUCUGGUGAAGCAGGAGAGGUCUGAAGGAGAGGAAGACAGAUGGCACAGCAGAGACAUCCAGACUGGAGUAGCAGCUGGAACACCCCCUGUAGCCACGGAUGACCCCACCAUUGCCCCAGCGCCGCCCUGGACCCGAAGCAGUGGAACGCUGAACGCCGUCCUCAAGUCAGAGACGGACAUCAAGACUUUAAUUGUAACACAAAGGCUCUUGCACACAGGAUCUGACCACAGAUCAGACCCAGAGAGACUGGGGCCACUGGGUUGUCCUACUGCUCCCGGCUCAGAGUAUUUACCGGUAUUUCAACAUAGCCAAAGGAUGGUUCAUUCCCAUGGAGAUGGUGACACAUUAGCCACUGGCGGUGAUGAUCUGUCUUGUUCUUACGCUACAGAGAUGGCCCCUGGCAACAUGCCCUUGGGUUUAGAGACACCAACUGAUCUGUCUAGAGGGAAAUGGAACCGGUACAGUAGUAGUGUAUACUCUGAAGGGUGCCUAGAUAAGAAAGGGGAGGGUCUGGUCAUAGAUGAAGUGACUGUGAAAGUGGAGGGAGAUGUUUCUCCCACAUGGAAUUCAGAUAAUCACCUGGGAGAUGGACACUCACAAGACAGAGAUUUCUUAAAUUACAGGGAAAGGUUAGAGACAAAUCCAGAUGCCUCGACCCACUCCCCUUUACACGGGUUCAGGGAUUGCGUCCGAGUGUCCACGUCAAUAGGGCCUUCCGAUUCACACGGCCGCUUCCUUUUCGACAGGACUAGACCCCAGGCUCAGGGAGGGAGAGAAACAUCAGGCAGUGGUAAGGGAAACCGGUUCCUCUGCAUGUUCUGUAACAAAGGCUUCAGCUGCCCCCAGAAGGUGGAGAUCCACCAGAGGUUCCACACGGGGGAGAAACCCUUUAGUUGUACUCAGUGUCACAUGCACUUUGCCCAGGCUGGUGACCUGAAGAGGCACCAGAGGAUCCACUCAGGGGAGAAACCCUACAGCUGUACCCAGUGUGAGAAGAGGUUCUCCCGCCAGGACCACCUGAAGAUGCACCUGAAGGUCCACACGGGAGAGAGGCCGUUCGCCUGUACGCACUGCGGGAAAAGGUUCUCAGAGAGAAGCUACCUCCGUAUACACCAGCAGAAAAACCAUUCCACUCUAUAACAUAGAAAGUAACCAUUCCACUCGAUGGCUUCUGACAUUUUAAAUCAAACCCUGCAUUAAAUACAAAGAUUAAUUUUCAUACUUGUCUGCAGAAAAGAGUGUACAAAACAUUAGGAACACCUGCUCUUUCCAUGACAUAGACUGACCAGGUGAAAACUAGGAUACCUUAUUGAUGUCACUUGCUAAAUCCACUUCAAUCAGUGUAGAAGGGUUUUUAAGUCUUGAGACAAUUGAGACAUGGAUUGUGUAUGUGUGCCAUUCAGAGAGGGAAUGGGCAAAACAAAUGAUUUAUUUCCUUUAAACAGAGUAUGCUAGUAGGUGCCAGACUAACUUUUUUCACGCUCAACAGUUUCCCAUGUGUAUCUAGAGUGAUCCACCACCCAAAGGACAUCUAGCCAACUUAGGCCAGCAUCCCUGUGGAACGAUUUUGACACCUUGUAGAGUCCAUGCCCCGAUGAAUUGAGGCUGUUCUGAGGGCAAAGGGGAGUGCAACUCAAUAGUAGGAAGGUGUUCCUAAUGUUUUUGGAACUCACUGUAUGUUAAUGUAAUUAUUUGUCAACAGUUACAUCACACCUGAUUUAAUUCAAAUUAGUUUGUCAAUGACAUGUUUGUUCUACAUUGUAUACAGUGAGCUCCAAAAAUAUUGAGACAGUGACACAUUUUGUGUUGUUCUGACUCUGUACUCCAGCACUUUGGAUUUGAAAUGAUGUAAUGUCUGAGGUUAAAGUGCAGACUAUCAGAUUUAAUUUGAGGGUAUUUUCAUCCAUAUCGGGUGAACCGUUUAGAAAUUACAGCACUUUUAAAAUAUUUUUUUAUACAUAGUCCCCCCAUUUUAGGGUACCAAAGUAUUGGGCAAAUUCACUUACGUGUAUUAAAGUAGUCAAAGGUUUAGUAUUUGUUCCCAUAUUCCUAGCGUGAAAUGAUUACAUCAAGCUUGUGACUCUACAAACUUUUUGGAUGUUUGGGUUGUCUUUCAGUUUAUUUUCUGCCCAAUAGAAAUGAUUGGUAAAUUCAUUUUAAUUAGAUCAGAUAGGUAUGUUGGAACUGUUGCCAUAAAAUUACAUUAAUAUAUUUUGCUAAAAAUAUGAGCGAAAGGUGAUUCCCCAAGCAAGUCUUGAACCCAGGCCACAAGCACCAAUGACGAAUACCCUAACCACAGUCCCAACAAGGGAUAUCACUAGAACAUGUGCUUAUUGGGCCAGUAUUGUUACGCACUGUCCUGUCUCGAAGAAACCCUACCCCCUCCUCUCUCAGCACUUGUGAAGAGCUGAAAAAACUUGAUAGGUGUAAGGCUGUAAGCAAAAGGGUGAAUGCACUUUGAAGUAAAUCUCAGCUCUGUUAAAGUACACUCAAGAAAAACAAAUUGAUAAUAGCGAUUCUUCAGUAUCUUUAAAUCAGGUUAACAUGCCCCACCAACAUUAGACAACUAUACUGAAAGCCCUUAUAUUGCUGAAAUAAAUACAUCUAGUCUGACUAACUGCUACAUGACACGGACAUUGUGGCGUUGCAGGAAGAUCGACGUACCGGGAACCAAGAGGUUGUGAGUUCAAAUUCCACGUGAGGACUGUUUUUAUUAUUAUUCAUGUAUAACGGAACAUGCAUAGUAUAAUCAUGUACGUCAAAGUGUGUCUAAAAUAUGUAAGUAUCCCUGAACAGUCAUCGAGCUAUGAAUGGUUAAAAAGGUUAUAAGAAGGUUUUUGCUGACAUAAAUAGAAUGUUCCCCUAGCAGAAAACUGGACACUCAAACAUUAGGGGCACAUUGCAGGUAAGAUUUUAAAAAAUGUCUCUCUCUCCCUAGAAUUGUUAGCUGGGUAUGGCCUUGUAAUUUGUAUCACCUCUCUCUUCCAGGAGGGUGCUGCUGGUGAAGGAGGAGGGGUGUGAGGAGGGUCUAGGGAACCCUGAGGGACCAUGGUCAUGGAGGACAACCAGACUGCACCUGUAGAUGAACCAGCUGAGCAGCACAGGACUUCACACAGUCUCACAAGCCCAUAGUAAACUACUGUCUGAAUAUUAUUAGGUCAGGGCCCGUAUCCCAUAGUCAACCCAUAGUGGGUUGACCGAUCAUAGGACAGAUGGGGACCUGAUCCUAGAUCAGCAUUCUUUACUCUGAGACGCUUUGUGGAUACAGGCCCAGGUCUUGAUUAAUUUAGUCUUAAAGGGCCCCGCCAGAGGAAAAUGCUGCCCCUAUUUCAAUGUAAUUCCUGUUCAUUUAGGUUCCACCUCUGAAGAAUGACACAGUGGUGCUUUCCAGACUGAGUGGAGAAACAACAACAAAUAGGCUACUGACAGCUGUCAGUGUAUAACAAAAAAAAUACCUGACCAAAAUAUAAAUGGUAUAAUUGUGUGAUCUGUCAUUUGUGACUGAGACUUGUAAACGUGUGCUUUAUACAAUGUACAUUUUGUUGAUUGCUAGGCAUACAAUUAAGAGUAUUUAUUGAUCCAUUUGAAACUAUGUCUAGUUGUGGCCACAACUGGACUAGAUUGUGAACUACUCUUGGCAGAACGCAUUGCUUGACUACCAUGAGGGUGAUAAGCACAUUUGUUCGUAAACUGCAGCCACCCAAAUAAUUCAUUCUCGAGUUUGAGUUUGUUGAGCAUAGGCUGUGUAUGUUUUGGUUCUACAAAGCCGUGUCCAUCAUAACAUUCAAUAAUCAAUUAA